GACACCAAACCGCCUUCGACACCUGUUAGCAAUGGCAAUGGUAAUGGCAACGGUAAUGCCAACGGUAAUGCCAACAGCAACCACACCCACAACAGCAGCAGCAACAGCAACGGCAGCAGCUACCACCACCAUCGCGCGCCGCGCACACCCGAAAGCUACUUCAAUGUGCCGGAAUCGAUCGCACUGCUGAAUAUCGUCAAAUCGGAGCGCAUACAAAGCGCCUUCCAAUCGAAUCGCAAGAAUCACGCCAGCGUUUGGGAAAUGGUCGCCGAAGUGCUGAAUCGCUUUAGUGCGCGCAAACGCUCCGCCAAACAGUGCUGCAAUCGUUAUGAGAAUUUGAAAAAGAUCUACACACAACUGAAGAAGAAUCCCGAACGUCAUGUGCGUCGCAAUUGGCCGUAUAUGUUUCUUUUCAAAGAGAUCGAAGAGCAGCGCGGCGAGUGCUGGGGUUCGGCGAAUGGCAAACGCUUGGCUUUGAUAGCGAAGAGUCACAAAGAACUGUCCUACUAUCAGCGCCGGCGUCAGGCUGCUGAGCUGGGUGUGGCGUAUUUGGGUAAAGAGGCGGCUGCGGUCAUGCAACAUAGUCUCCUGCAAAGCCUCUCCACUGAUUCCAGCAGCAACAACAGCAAAAUGGAACGCUUUCUGCCCAACCACUUUGUGGAAGCACAGCUGGGCGACGGUUUGGGCGGUGGUAUGGGUCUAUAUGACGAUGGUCCGCCUAUGCAUUUGCCCGGUGGCGCCAGCGCGGCAGCGGCUGCAGCAGCUGCGGCGGCGGCGGUAGCAAUGAAUGCGGCCAUGCAGAAGGAACAGGAAAUGCGCGAAAGUGCGGCUAACGAAUGUGUUGGUAGCAUGGAGAACGGUAAUUGCAGCGCGGCACCACAUGCGCCCGAAUUAAAUGGUGCGCUGCCCUUGAAUGGCGAUGCGGAGAUACCCAAUGGUGUUGGGGGUGCAACAGGUGGUGGUGGUGUGGGUGUUGGUGUGGGCAGUGUGAGCGGCAUGCUGGUGCCACAUGCCACUAAUGGCAUUAAGGAUGUGCUGCGAACGCACUUCGAUAAGGAAUGCAAUAGCGGUGGGCCAAUGGCUUUGACCAAUGGCGAAAACAAUAUCUCCAUGAAGUCUGAACCUAUGUCCGACGGGGAAUUCAACCCAGAUGAUAUACAGUUAAUGCAGACGAAUUAUAAUGGUUCCCAAAACUAUUAUCCACACAGCAUUGACCACAACAUCCUGCACCCGGACGUCAUAGUAGACACCGAUAACAUUUCCGAUUGCAGCAGCGUUAUCGGCGGUGAUGGCAUUGGCGGAUCUGCGAAAAGCAAGCGCAAACUCUCUACAUCCACCGAUGGCGGCGACAGCACAAACUACGAACUAAUCGAGUACUUAAAACGGCGCGAGAAACGCGACGAAGAACUGCUGCGGCGCAUGGACGCGCGUGAAGAGCGACUGCUAGCCUUAUUUGAGCGCACAGUUGUGGCCAUUGAGGCGCUGGCAGGCAAAAAGCCAGUGGAAAGCAAGUAGUGAGGCGCCUUGUCGAACUCGACGAAAUUAUGUGCCUUAAGAGCAACACCAAACAAAACCAGUCAUUUAGCGGAGUAAGCCAAAUAGAUUUAAGUAAGUCAAGCCAAAAAGAGCAACCAAAAGCAAACCGCUAGCGGAGCCAAAGAACAAAAGCGAUGAGAUUUUUAUUUUUCUAAUUUAUUUUUUUUUUUAUAAUUAAAUAUUUUUUUGUUGUAAUGAAUUUAGUGUAAUACUCAAUAAGUGCAAGUGUUUACUGUUUAAAUAUUUCCAUGUAGGAUUACACACACAUACUCAUAUUUAUAUACAGAAUUUUGUGCUUAAUUACUUUAUAAGUAUAGUCGUAAGAAUAGGCUGCUAUUUCAAUUUAUUUGAAAUGUUGCCAAAAAUUUACUUAACUAUUUUAACAUCUUGGAUGAGCGGAAACUUUUAAAUACUCAUUUUAUUUUGCCACAAUUUGUAACCUAUGUGCCAUUGUAUUUUAUUAAAAAUACGAAAUAUGUAAGUGUAUGCAUUGAUAAAAAUAGGAAAAUGUCACAUUGUAAUAUGCAUUUAGCUGCAUAAAAUUUCAAUUCGCAAUAAGAGUGAGAAGUGAAACUUCUUAAACAGUUGCGUGCAAAUUUUAUAACAAAAAUUUUUCUUUGCAAAUUUUUAAAGAAAUUAUUCAUACGAUCUUGGUAUAAUUGAAAAUUUUUUUAAUUAACUACAUGCCAUAAAAAUUAUGCCUUCAUAUACAAAUUUGCAAAAAG